AUGGUUCAGGCUCAAGACUCCAUCCAUUGUAUUAUUAAUGUUGUCUUUAACUCGUUCUCUUCUUACACAUCCAUAAUGUUAAACGUUUUGGCAAUUAUUGGCAUGGGGAAGUCGUCGGCAUCGCCAAAGAUUUUAAAAACGUUGCUGAUAAGUCUUGCUGUUUCUGAUCUCUGCGUUGGUUUAUGUGCACAACCUAUUUAUGUCGCACGACUGGUUAUUUGCCACUAUGAAGGACGUGCCUUGGAAAAAGUGAAUGUUCUUGAGAUUGUCGAUCUCUUCUUGCCUCGUGCCUUUUGGUUUGCAUCGUUUCUGAGUGUUACAGCUCUGGGUGCCGAAAGAUUUCUGGCCAUUCACCUUCAUCUUAGAUAUCAGGAACUUGUGACACACAAACGUGUUGUUGCUUUGGCUGUUGUAGUAUGGGUGGUUAGUGCAUCGCUUUCAUUAAUCAUGUCUCUCUCGUCGCAAAUUGGUGAUCCAAUCUUGGUCGUAAUUUUUGGUUUUUGUUUUAUUUGUACUUCCAUUUUUUAUUGUAAAAUUUAUUCCACUGCGCAGCGACACACAAACCGAAUUCAAGCCCUUCAUGUCCACAAUAGUGAAAUGGCAGUGUACAUUGCGAGGAUAAAGAAGUCGGGGUUGUGCACAUGCUAUGUGUAUGUCGUGUUUUUGUUGUGUUACUUGCCUCAUUACUGUACACGUGGUGUGGGUUUAGUUAUCCGUGAACUAAAUACCACGUAUUAUAAUUUUUUUCAUUAUACUCUCACCCUGGUAUAUGUUAAUUCAUCGUUAAACCCUGUUUUUUACUGCUUGUUGAUGAGAGAUAUUCGACAAUCUAUACUUUCCAUACUGCGAAAUAUGUAUGCUCGUCAAAACCGAACUGAUAGAGCUGUUACUGAGAUGACUGUAAACCAUGAAACGGCAUUCUGAAACAAUUAGAUUGGUCCAUUUUUUUAUUAGAAGCAAAAGUUAUACAACUGAGAAUUUGAAGAAACUUUGAACUUUUUUUCGUUUUCCAUGGUUUCUGUAUAAGUAUUACUGCAACACUAUAUCCUAAGAGACUCUUUAAGGGUCACGGAAUGGAAAGAUUAACGUUCUGCAAACGUUUUUCAAGGAAGAUGCUGACCCAGGGAUGGGAAGGGUAUUCUACCAAACUCAACUCUUCAAAGAAGAAUGAACUAUUACAUUGUUUGUUGUUGUCAUUGCAAUUAUACUGUUAUCUCUAAAAGCAUUAGAGGUCUUCGCGGGAUGUACAUUAUGUUUAAUACUCAGAAUAAUAAAUGCAUUCAUAAAGCUUGAAUCUAACUGUGUGAAAUGUUCAUGCAAAAAGUUGGGCGAUAGAGCAUUCCAUGUAUUUCUCUUUUGUCGUUAAUAGCGUUCGUCUCCGCAGAGGUGAGAUGUAGGAAGCCUUCAUCUUCGGAAAACGUAAACCAUAUUUGUGUCUAGUGCAAAUUAGUAAAUUACAUAAUUUCUGUUAUAAUUUCUGUGAAGUUUACCGUAGGUGACAGGCUACAUGAACUAAGCGAUCAUCGCGGAACACAAAUAUGACAUGCUUAACCGGUGACGUGGCGUAAAAACAUCGAUAUAUUGUUUUAAGAUCUGUCGUCAUCAGUCGGCAAUCCCUAUUUGAGCGAGACUUCCUGAGUAAACAGAGACUUGCCUGGGGGUUCGAUGUUGCGUUUUAUUGGUCGGCGGCAUAAUAGCAUUGAUAUGCAUGCUUAAUGAGUUGCGAAAACUGUGAAAUUCUCUGGAGGGCAAUAUCUCGAGGUUUGUUCUAACGGGAGUAACCUCUACUUAAACGGAAUACUCGGGUAUGAAGAUCUGUGGGAUUGUCAUAAAAAUUGGCCUGAAUGUUCUCCAGAUACGAACGCACAGAUGUGCGAGGCUUGAACCAAAUUCGAACUAUUUCUCUCGUGACGUUCCGGAGCGUGACAACAACCGAAAUAUUUUUCUAUGGUCCAACUUCAAAAUAUAUUUCUCAGGAACCAAUGAGAAUAUUGAAAAGCACUACAGACUUGUUAGCUUAUUAUGGUUUAUUAUCUGCAGAAUGAUACUGUCCAGUUUGUUGGGGGGGUCGACGGUAAAGCGGAGGCUGGUAAUUCAGUAAAGCAAACACCGUUAGUUUUGUGUUUAAAUGCUCGCGCGCGCCUUUAAAAAAUCUGUGGAAAAAGUUGUCAGAAUCUAUACUUUAUAGGAUUUACAGUGAUAUAAAGUUUUCCAUGGUUUCUUUUGAAAUUGCUCGCGUGGGACGAUUUUCCCGGAGGUUACCCUAUUUUGUUGACAGUCCUAGUUAUAAAAGUAAAGAUAGUAAUGCUAGUAAUACUUUAAGGGCUAACGCUCGAAACGUCAGCUUUAAAACUCUUUACGGUGGCCAAUUUACCAACUCAGUUGAUAAUACUAAAUUACCUUGUUAUUCUCUCCCACCGACGCAGCACCACAGUUUCUUUAGAAACCUACCCCCUUUAUACUUUACAUUGCUUAUUAUGAUAAAGAAACAUUUGCUCCGAAAGUGAGUUAAAGAAGAUUAUUAAUAUGCUAACUCUCUCGAUUAUCCUACGCAUUCUUAAUGUUCUGUUAACAGUUUAAAGCAAAGUCCUUGCAAUAAGGAAACUUCAUGCUAAGGCAGCGAAAACUCCAAAAACAUUGCCCCUGAGUUUUGGUGUAUCCCAUUCUUUAGACUGACAAAAGUGAAUUUCCUAUCCCUCUGCUGAGAAAUGCGAAUCAGAUGGCACAUUCGAAUCGCAAGUUUGUCAGCGACGAGGGAUUUUGUAAAACAUCUAAGGCCUUAGAGCUUAUACACCAUUCCAGCAAAACUUUCACUUAAUUAUUCCUAUAUUUUGUUCUCCACACUUCGAUGUUAUUUCUCACACCUUCGUUUUCUUUAUAUAUCAUCGGUAAUCUUUUCUUAUUUGCAUUUGAUAAUGGUGACAUGCUUUCGCCGAAACGUCAUGUUUUAACAGCGUUGCUUUUUAUCUUUCAAAGUUUGUUAUUCUUGCAAAAGAAACUCUUUACGGUGGCCAAUUACAUUGUCAACUAAGUUGAUAAGAAAAAAUUGUCAUGAAAUACCCCUAACCGACGCAGCACCACAGUUUCUUCAGAAUUUUACGCCUUUUAUUGAUUUUGGCAAAUUCAAUUUCCAGCGAUCAACUAGGUGGACAGCAAGAACUAAUUGUGUAUCUGAAUCGAUAAAAAAACAGCGCUGAACUUUAAAUUCAGGUCGGGGCUAGAGAGAGAAAGCAAAAUUUGUUCGAUUUACAAUUUACUAAGGUCGCCGUUUCUCUUCGAUUUUCACCAAGACUGACAGGUGGUUGAACUUUACAUAUAUUACUUCAUUAAGUCCUUUACAAGAACUUGAAUAAGCAUUGAAAUAGUCCGAGCUUAACAAAAAAUUUCCAUUUAUGUUAAACACCAUUAGCUGUCGUACAAGUUCACUUCAACGAGUUGAAAAAAAAAGAGUCGCAAUGUCAAAAUGGAAGAGGCUGAAAAUCUGUACUUUUCGUCGUGCAUCAUAAAUUCUGUAUUGAAUUCUGUCUCUUCAUUCACAGCUAUAUUGUUGAACGUUUUAACAAUCCAUGCGAUGAGAAAGACGACCGAGUUGCCAAAUACAUUGAAAACAUUGCUGUUGAGUCUGGCUGUUUCUGAUCUUUGUGUUGGUUUGCUGGUGCAGCCCUUGUUUGUCGUGGAGUUGGUCAACUGCAAUACUGAAGAAGACUUUCACAAGCCGAAUGCUCUUACUCUCAUCUUCUCGUCUUUGUGCAAUAUCUUUUCUUACGCGUCGUUUUUGGGUGUUACGGCUCUGAGUAUAGACAGAUACCUUGCCGUUCACCUUCAUCUCAGAUAUCAGGAACUUGUGACUCCCCAGCGGGUUUUUGCUGUGGUUAUAAUAGUAUGGAUUCUUAGUGCAUUGCUGUCAUUUGCGGAGUUUCUCCCUCUCCAAAUUGCCGAAACUAUUACAGUCGCUGUUGUUUUAGGUUGUUGUUUUAUUUGCACAACACUUGUGUAUUGUAAAAUUUAUGCUACCGUACGGCGCCACACGAACCAAAUUCUAGAUCUUCAACUGCGACAACUAGAACAAGGAGGUGAAAUGGCAGUAAACGCUGCAAAGCAGAGGAAGUCGGCGAUUAGUGCAUUUUAUGUAUACCUCGUGUUUUUGUUUUGUUAUUUGCCCUGUUAUUGUGUGUUCAUUGUCGGUUCAUUUAUCCCCGAACCCAAAAUUACGUUUGUGGAUUUUGAAUUGUAUGCUUCAACUCUGCUAUUUCUUAAUUCAUCGGUCAACCCAGUUAUUUAUUGCUGGAAAAUGAGACACAUUCGACGAUCUAUCAUUUGCAUACUACGAAAUAUCUUCUGUGUCACCACUGAGUAAAACAUCGGUUGAGGUUAAUUCGUUCUCUCUUUUGUUUUAGAAGAAGCUGUAAAAGGUAAAAAGUAAUUAUCGGCAGACUUUGUCUAGCCAGGCCCUUGUUUCUGCGUAAUUGAAAAGCGAUCUUUUCACUGAAUUUUUAUGAAAUUAAAUUGAUUUAAGGUAAAUCUAUUAGAACUUGGUUCUGAGUGAAUAUUAUGAAAAUUAAAUUAAUUGAAGUUAUAACAAUUGGAACUUUCCCUUUUUAUUGAGCAAAUUGACCAACAAUUAUACAUUCUGGGCGCAAACUUUUGUAUCCAUGGAAAACAGCGAUAAUGUUAGGUUUUCACAUUUUGUCGUCAGACAGGUCAGGCCAAGUGAGUCGGUCAGUCGAGUAAAACAAAUAAAAAACAGAAGAAUAAUAAUGAUCGACGGAGUGCGAGUUGAGAUAGAGCUUGGAUAUGUGCGUUUCUUUGUUAUCUGUUUACAGAAUGGAAAAUUUGGCAUGAACUCUUCCCAUUAAAAUCAUCUGCUUUUAAUUUUUUAGUUGUUAUGGAUACCUUACAGGGGAAUAGUGCUUUUCACGCGCGCCGAUUGGUUGGUUCAGAAGUGGUUACCAAGUGCUAUUCACCUCCAAGCAUACAUACAUCCAUACAUUCAUACAUACUCGAAUAUUAAAUAUCAAGUUACAAAGAAAAAAGAAAAAAUGUAGAUUAUAAAAACAGCUUACAUUUCGAUAAUAAAAUAGCAUCUUAUGAUCUAUGAAUUAACAUAUUUAUAAAAAUUUUCUUUCUAAAAAGGUUAAAGCUUUUUGUGGUUAUGAUCUACUUUGGUAAAGAGUUAAAUAUUUUCACCCCAAGGUAGGCAAAAGCCCUUUGGCCGGUCGAGAUCUUGCAUUACUUGACUGGUAAUUUUUGUUGUUAAUGUUACGCAACUGGAAUAGGAAUUUUACAUAUCCAGAUGUAACGAGUGUUUUGGAAAAACAAAAUUGCCUUCUAGUUUUUUCGAUUUUUUGUCGGGUAUAUGUGUACGUAUAUGAUGAUAGAAUGCCAUGAAUAAGUUCAAAUAACCUUUACGAAGUGGCAAGAUCAACUUUCCGUACGAUUUAAACCAGAAAGGGAAUCGGGUUCUUAGCUUGUGACUGAUAUCCACCAAAGUAGACCGUAAUCUUUACUUUAGAGAGCGAGUUAGCUGUGCUCCAGGAAGGCAGGUUAUACUUUAGAUUGCAAUCUCGCUUGCUUGAGAAUUUAUUUUGAAUUGAAUUUGAUCUGUUUACCACAGUAUGGUAGUCGAGGUAAAGAAAUUCUCAAAAUUCUCGUUGUUGACUUUAACUACGUGUGCUGGCGGUAUUCAAAAAGAAAACAGGAUAUUGAUCACGCUGAGAUGAAAUUGUACUCGUCGCCAAAGUUGCGGAAGGAACAUUUAGAGGCGUUAUGUCUUUAAAUUAAAUGGCGGGAACUAUAUGUGGCUUAGAGGGAAAAUUAUUACGAUUGGGAGAGGAAAUAUCACGGAGGUUUGUCGGCAUCAAUGCAAAUUCAGCUUUUUUUUUUUUUAAUUUUUUUCGAAGCCGAAGUCGAAAUAUUUCUUAAGUGCAACCUCUAUCUUACUGAUGAAAACAAAUAUUUAGCAGUGCUGAUGAUAAAAAAAUUUUACUCGGAUAUAAGCUCAAAUUCUCUGAUCACUUGAGUGAUAUGUUGAAUAUUGCGUUGGCAUUCAAGUUUCAUGUUCUAACAAACCGUUAACCACAAGACGCCAGCUAUUCCAUUGUUUUUCGCAGUUUGUUGCCUUCAUCAACAAUAAGCAUUCAAUAAUCGUGGGGUGUCAUUUGAGCCAAAGUUAAUUAUCUUUGCAUAAGUUCCAACUGACAUUUGAACGACACGGAGAUAUUGAAUAAUCAACGUAUGUUGGGUUUUUCCAUUUCCACUUAAAAACAAUUGAGUUUUGAGAAUUCACAAUGGAAUACAUUUAUUUGUAUUUUAUGAGAAAGGCUGCACUGGCCAAAAUUCUGAAUAUCUUUUUUUGGGAAUACCGUGUUUGUCUUUACAUUUUUAAAAAGCGUUUUUAUCAUGGAGAGUAUAAUCUAUGAUAAUGUCUUUUGUUCAUGUCAUAUUUCUACCUUGGAGUAGUCUUUGCAGGCAAUCGUCAGCGAGCCAGUACCUUUAUUUUCACAAAUAGCGAAGAAAUUCCAAAAUUUCUCAGAGAAAAGAUCUAAGUUUUGUGCCUUUCUGUUUUGUUUAGUGUUUUGAUAUCCAGUUUAUCCAAGCCAGGCCAGUUCUCUCUCCUUCGGCUUACGAGGAACCAACUGCUUACAGGGUCAACCGGAAUUGAAGCUUAAUUUUGACAUUCACAGUAUUUCCUUCCAGUUCCACCCCUUUAGUUACUUUCUCAAAGAAACUUCAUGUAUCAAUUUUACAUCUAAGUUUCUGGAACUCGGUUUGUGAGUUACUAUUUUGCUGGGCAGACUCAAUCUAGAAAAUAACAUAAACAGAUUUGGAGUUAGAUUUUCUCUUUAAAAAUGUGAAAAAUGAUAUUCGUUUCAUAAUUCUCUUUCUUCUUUUUUUGUUGAAAUUAUUUGCUAAAUUUAUUUUCCCCCAAAAGGCUUUAAUCUUAAAUUAUUCAAUAACAUUUGUCAUUGAUCAGGAGUGAUGCGUUUGCCAAACUCUUAGGUCAAGAUUAAUUAAGACUUGAUUUCCGGUGAGUUCCGGUGCGUAUUAUCGUAAAAAAUGAGCGUCUUUCUUGUCACUUUCGCCCAAUGACAAAAAUAUUAACGUCAGGAUCCCAUUUUUUUUGUAUGUGUUUGUGGGGAAACGUGGGGGCGGGAUUACACUUCACCAAAUGAAAUAUUUGCAAGGUGUGGAUGAUCUAUGCCUUUUGAUGACGUUUCAUUCUCAUUUUUUAUUGGAUCACUGACGUACUUUUCAAGGAGGACAGCACUUGUGAGUUACACUGGCGUCAUCAAAAGGAAAUGAAAAAGACCGUUAACCAACCAAAUAAUGACACGGAAUAAAAAACUAAAUCAGUUUUGUUCCGAAUUUGAGAGUGAAGGUUUUUUUUUUUUUAUUUUUAAUUUUUUUUAAUAGUUGCCGACCUGCAAAUCAAUGGUAACUGCAUCAAAAGCUAAUUUCGAUAAUAAGUAAAAGAAGAAAUUACGUUUUUUAGCUACUAUGUGUCAGGUGACAGUAUUUUACACACUACAUUCAUUAGCCCUUGACAGUUACCCGCACCUUGUUUACUUACGCUGAUAAAAUAGAAUUUAUAGAGGCUCAUGCAUUUCAAGAGUGAGAGUUUCCUCUCUGAUGAUCGGAGUCUGUAAAACGCACAAUUUCACUUCUUUUAGCGGGAGAACGCCCGACUGAAGCUUAAUUUUCAUGAAGUUCUACGAUGGCAGAUGCGAAAAACCAGUUUUAUUCGUCUCUCAUCGUUAACUCCGUGUUAAACGCCGUGUUUUCUUUAACAGCUGUAGCGUUGAACAGUUUAACAAUUUAUGUGUUGAGGAAAUCUUCGUCCUUACCACCGACUUUGAGAACAUUACUGUUGAGUCUUGCUGUUUCUGAUCUUAGUGUUGGUUUGCUGGCACAACCACUUUACGUUGAAAAGCUUGUUACGGCUUUGCUGCAGAACUCCUCAGACGAACCGGCGUCUAGCCUGCGCAAAUGUACAGAUUUUAUAAGAAGAGUGAUUCUGUAUGCUUCAUUCUUCAGUAUUAGUGCCGUGGGUGUAGACAGAUUCUUAGCCGUUCAUCUUCAUCUCAGAUAUCAGGAACUUGUGACUCACAGGCGUGUUGUUGCCGGUGUCGUGCUGAUAUGGGUGUUUAGUGCUUUGCUCUCA